GCCUGGGUGAUUUUUUAGCAGCUAGCAUGUGGGAAGUGCGUUUAUGAAACAGUUCUGUCAUCUAUAAAUUACUGAUAUCUUUUCAACAUCUUCUGUACGUUAAAGGCUGCUCACCUUCAAAAUGAGCGACGACCCCGAUGCCAUUCCCGAAAGGGAAAUGAAAGAUUUUCAGUUUCGACAGAUGAAGAAGGUCCGUGUCUUUGAUUCUCCGGAUGAUCUGCCGAAAGAGAGGUCCAGUUUACUCGCCAUCUCCAACAAGUUCGGGCUGACUUUCGUGGGACUGGACACCACUCUAAGGGUCUUACUCACCCGCGAUAUCAUAGCCGCUAACAAGGUUGAAGGUCCCAACGACGAAAUAGUGGAAGGGGUGAAAUCCUUGAGCGUUUCGGUGGACCUGCCCAUUCACUACCUGGCCCUGAGCAGUGAUGACCUCACACUCUCCGUCUGCGGGGCGUCCAAUGAGGAGCGUCCUUUGCUGGCUUUCUUUGACAUACGGACCUUCCUCAACAAGGCCCGGCAGGAGAAGGGGCCCUUUGCGUCUCUGCGGCUGGCCGUGGCCCCCGGCACUGCAGUGCAGGAUCUGAAGUGGAACCCGCUCCAGGCCUCCGUCCUGGCAGCCUGCCUGUCUGACGGCAGCAUGCUGGUGCUGGAGGUGACGGACACCGCCACCGUGCAGGCCCAGCUGCCUGCGUCGGCAGGGAUAACCUGCGUGUGCUGGAGUCCCAAGGGCAAGCAGGUCGCUGCAGGAAAGCAGAAUGCUACAGUUAUACAGUACACGCCUGCCCUGCAGGAAAAGAAAGUGAUUCCCUGCCCUCCAUUCUACAGCUCUGACAACCCCGUCAAAGUGCUGGACGUCCUGUGGCUCAGUACCUACAGCUUUGCUGUUGUGUACGCUGCAGCCGACGGCUCCCCGGAAACUCCCCCUGAGCUGGUGGCAGUGUCACUCCCUAAGAAGGAUGAGAAACGGCCGGAGCUGUACCUGAACUUUAACGACCCCGUGUACGGCUCCAGCACCGAGAGACAGCACCACUAUUUCCUCUGCCACAUCGAAGACUGGGACCUUGUUCUAGCAGCUUCCGCAGCUUCCAUUGAAGUCAGCAUCAUUGCCAAGCAGGAGGACAAGACAAACUGGGAACUAUGGUUACUGGAAGACGCCAGCCGGGCGGAAUUGCCCGUCACCUUGAACAGUGAUGACACUCUGCCACUAGGGGUCGCUGUCGACUACACCAACCAAGAGGAGAUCCACAUCUCGGAUGAGAAGACGUUGCCCCCGGCGCCCACCCUGAUGCUCCUCUCCACCGAAGGCGUCCUGUGCCCCUUCUCCCUCCUCAACACCAACCCUGGUGUGAAGCAGCUGGUCGCCGCCCCCCUCAGCCUGCCCCUGGAGGGCGAGAGGCUGCCCUCUGCUGGGUCUGUUGCAGCUCCGCCCCCUGCGGCCGCUGUGGGCGUGGCCAUUAGGCCGCCGCCCACCAGCACUCCGACGCCUGCCCCUGCAGCCCUCACAACUCCCAUGGGCUUCUCCUUCAGCACGCCCGCACUCCAGCCCGCAGCCUCCUCCGGCUUCUCCCUGGGCUCCUCCGGGGUGCCCCCUGGGCUCUCCCUGGGGUCGGCCGGAUUCUCCUUCGCCUCCGCCCUGGCCGCCAAACCCUCCACAGAACCCUCCCCUGCCGCCUCAGCCUUUUCCUUCAGCACCCCGUCCGUCAAACCCCCUGUGGAGAGCGUCCCGGCCCCCGCCCCAAGCCCCGCCCCCGCCCCUGCCCCUGCCCCUGCCCCUGCCCCCGCCCCUGCCCCCGCUCCCGCCCCCGCUCCCACCCCUGCCCCUGCCCCCGGCCUCCAGAGGCUCGCCACCGCUUCCCCUGUCACCGUUUUCAAGCUCCCCGCCGAGCCGGCCACGCCCGCCGUGAAGGUGAACCUGAGCGACAGGUUUUCGGCCGCUGAGACGCCAGUGGCCCCCGCCCUCCAGCAGUUCUCCUUUGCCUCCGCCUCCACCUCCACCCCCAAACCCGCUUUCCUGGCUCCCAGCAGCCAGUCCACCCCUCUGCCUAGCAGCAGCAAGCCUGCCUCCAUUCCAGCCCAAACUGCACAGUCCAGCCCCGCCCCCGCAGCGGUGAGGACAGCCACGCCCAUACAGGGUCCCGCCAGUUCCCCUGCCCCCCAGGCGGCGCUGUCAAUCAAAGCUCUGGAGAAGCACCUGCGGAAGGACGCUGAUCCCAUCAUGGCCGGCAUCCUGGAGGAAAUCGCCCACUUCCAGAAGGAGCUGGACGACCUGAAGGCGCGCAGUGACAAGGCCGACUUCCGGGUGGGGACUGGCGAGGAGAUGCAGGGCCUUCGCAAGGAAUCUGACGACCUGCACGUCUUCGCCCUGGAGAUCAAGGAGACCACGGAGUCUCUCCACGGAGAUAUCAGCUCUUUGAAGACCACCCUUCUGGAGGGCUUUGCGGGUGCUGAAGAUGCCAAAUCGCAGAGUGAGCUGAACAGAGAUCGGGAGUACCUGCAGCUGCUCUAUAAGAAGCCCCUGGACCCCCGCAGUGAGGACCAGCUCAAGGAGAUCCGCCGGCUCUACCAGUACGUGAAGUUCGCGGUGGAGGACGUUAAUGACGUGCUGGACGUGGAGUGGGAGAAACAUCUGGAGAAGAAGAAGAAGCAGAGGCACCUGAUAGUGCCCGAGCGCGAGGCCCUGUUCACGACCCUGUCCAAUCACCUGGACAUCAUCCACCAGCAGGAGCACAAGCUGGAGGUGCUGGUGAAGGCGCUGGGGUCCCUCCGGUUGUACGGGGCCACCUCCUCCUGGGCCACACCCCGCCGCCCGUCACCCACGCCCGUGCAGCAGGGUUUGGACAGUGAAUUGGAGACGCUGAGAGACGCCCUCCUGAAAGCCAGCCUUGAGGCCACGAUCCAGAUCCCCGCUAAAUCUCCAGCCAAGAUGUCUCCCAGCAAGCAGGCUCAGCUGAGGAACUUCCUGUCCAAGAGACAGACCCCUCCUGUCCGCUCUACCGCUCCAGCGAACCUCUCCCGCUCGGCCUUUCUGUCGCCAAAGUACUACGAGGACCUGGACGACGUGAGCUCCGCCUCCUCGCUGUCUCCGCCCCUGGACCCCGAGGCCCCGCCCCUGGUGGAGGAGGAGGAGCCGGCCCCGCUCCCCACCCCCGCGUUGCCACGGCACCCCGCCGUGGUGCGCACCCCCUCCGUCCAGCCCGCCGGGUUCGGGCCCCCGUCCUCCCUCUUCAGCAAGGUCGGCUCGGCCCUGGGCCCCGCCCUCACCUCCGUUCUCGGCGGUAAGAUCAGCGUUUCCGGAGCGGACAGCACUGCGUUCGCCACGAAGACGGUGAAGCACGGAGCCCCGCCCUCCGAGCGCGCCCCGCCCAUCUCCGUGCCCGCGCAACAGGCCGCCGCCAACGCCGCCCUCCGCCGGCAGAUGGCCAAUCAGAAGCCAGCGGUCAGCGCGUCUUUGACCGAGUCCACGCUGAAGACCGUGCCCCAGGUGGUGAACGUGCAGGAGCUGAAGGAGCGAGGCUCCCCCAUCCCCGUCGUCGCGGCGAUCAGCUCUUCGUCCCCCGUGCCCUUCAGUUCAGCUCUGGCAACCAAUCAGGCCAAGCGGAAUUCCUCACAAGGCGUGCUGAAGGUUUCUGGGCCGAACGGCGAGACGUCGGCUUCACCGCAGCCCGGCUUCGUGUUCGCCAGCUCCAGCCCCUCCCUCCCAGAACAGACGAGCAAGGCCUUCUCCUUCGCUGCCGCGGCUGGAGGGAGCUUCACCUUCACCUCUCUGAGCACGGCGUCCGCAGCGGCCUCCCAGGGGGGCGUGGCCUCUCAAGGUAAAGACAUUGCCCAGCCCAGUAAGUUCUCGUUUGGCAGUGGCGGUGGGGGAAAGGCGGUGUUCGGGCCUCCUGGCGAAGCCCCCUUCUCCUUCACCCCGAAAUCGGGCUCCCCGGCGCUGGGCCGCACCAGCACCCCCACCCCCCCUCCCAGCAUGUCGGCGGAGCCCCCGAAGGCGGCGCCCCUGGGCGGGGCGCUGAGGGUGGAGCCCCAGCCGCGAGCGGGGGGCGGCGGGGAGACGCUGGGCAGCUUUUCGGGCCUGCGGGUGGGGCUGGGGGAGGAGGAGCGGCCCCGCCCGUCCAGCACGGGAUUCGGCUUUGUGGCGCCCGACCCGGGGCCCGGGCUGGCCGAGUUCUGCUUCGGGAGCGGGGUGUUCCAGCAGGGCCGCCCCGCCGAGCCCCCGCCCCUGGCGGAGGAGCCCCCCUCGAGCCUGACCGCUGUUACGGGGUCCUCCGCUGGGGUGUUCAAACCGCCGGAGGCGCCUAGAGCCUCCCCCGCCCUGUCGUUCAGCGCCCUCCUGGCUGCCCCCCUCCCUGACCCCCCCGCCGCUCCCAGCGACGACCCCAAACCCACCCCUCCGGCUUUGACCGAGCCCCCACUCACUCCCGCCGCUGAGACUCCGCCCCCGGCCCUGCCCACUGCCCCGAGCCCCGCCCCACCUGCGGAGACUCCGCCCCCUACAGAGGACACCGCCUCCACGCCCGCCCCCUCCUCCCAGGCCGUUGCCACGGAGACCGCCCCGGCAGCCCCCGAAAAGCCUCCCACCCCCCCGGCCCCGACCCCCUCUCCUGCUCCCGCCCCCGUGACCCCUCCCACAGAGACCGCACCCCCCCCACCCUAUCCCAGCGCCGCCCCUGAGCCCCCCCUAUCCACGGUGACAGAGACCGCCAGCGACCUGGCACCAGCGCCCCAGCCGGGCUCAAUCUUCACACAGCUGGAGGCGGUCCCUGCGGCGACGGUCCCCGCAGCAACAGCGGUCCUCACGGCAACGGUCCCCACGGUGACAGCGGUCCCCGCGGCGACAGUCCCCACCCCAACGCUCUCCACGGACAGCGCCACGCUGGGCCCCGCCACCCUCACCACCGCCAUCACCACGGUCGCCUCGGACUCCGCCCUGAUCCAGGAGUCCGCCCCCUCCCCCGCCCCCGCCGACGUCACCACGCCCACCGUGUUCGGGCAGCCCGGCCCCCCUAGCACCACGGCCCCUCCCCCCGCCCCAGGGUUUGGCCCUGCCGGGUUCGGGGCGGCACCAGGGGGCGGAGGCUUCCCCAAGCCGGCGUUCGGGCAGCCGAGCGGGUUCGGCCAACCGGCCGCGGCGGGGACCGGCGGCUUCAGCUUCGCCCAAUCCACCUUCGGGGCGGGGCCCGGGUUCGGGCAGCCCGCGGGGGCCCCCCCGGCCUCCAGCAGCGGGGGAGGGGGCGGGCUGUUCGGGGCGCCCAGCACCAGCACUGCCGGGUCCUUCUCCUUCGGUCACAUGACCACCAGCGGCGGCAGCCCCGCCCCCAGCCCGCAGACCGGCCUCUUCGGGGCGGCGCCCGCGCCCGCCUUCGGCCAGCAGGGCUCCGUGUUCGGCAGCAACACCACCACCACCUCCUCCAGCGGGUUCAGCUUCAACCAGCCCGCAGCUUUCGGCAGCACCUCCACCCCCUCUGUGUUCGGGCAGCAGGGCACCCCCGGCACCGUCUUCGGACAGCAGGCGGGCUCAGGUGGGGGGUUGUUUGGUUCGGCGGCGAGCGCUGCUCCAGGCUCUGCAGGAGCGGGGGGGUUCUUCAGCGGCCUGGGGGGCAAGCCCAGCGAAGACGCAGCCAAUAAGAACCCGUUUGGGUCCACGGGCGCCGGAGGAGGCUUCGGACAAGCUAACCAGGCCGGGUCCACUAGCCUGUUUGGGAACAGCGGGGCCAAGACGUUUGGGUUUGGGACGACGUCCUCCUUCGGUGAGCCCAAGCCCAGCGGAACCUUCAGCACCGGGGGGGGCAGCGUAGCGGCCCAGGGCUUUGGAUCCUUCACCAGCCCGGCCAAAACAGGUGGUUUCGGCAGUGCCCCCGUGUUCGGGAGCCCCCCCGCCUUCGGGGGCUCGCCGUCGUUCGGAGGGGCGUCUGCGUUCGGGGCAGCCCCCUCCUUCAGCAGCCCCCUGGCCCCUACAUCCGGAAAGGUCUUCGGAGAGGGGACCGCAGCCGCCAACGUUGGAGGAUUCGGGUUUGCUUCUGCUCCGAAUGCCCCCUCCUUCGGCGGCCUCGCCAGCCAGAGCACUCCGUCAUUCGGCAGCCUGGCCAAUCAGAACCCUCAGUCUUUCGGGAGUCUGGCCCAGCAGGGCUCUGGGUUCGGUGGCCAGAGUCAGGCCUUCUCCGGGUUCGGAUCCUCGGGAGCCUUCUCUGGAGGGGGCUUUGGGACCACAAAUCAACAAAAUCCCCGCUGGACAGGACUGCCGUAGGAUACGACCCGUUUUUUUGGAGAGAUUUUUUUUUGUUGCAUGUUCAUCCUUUUGAGAUGUACAUCAGUCAAACCUUUUUUUGUGUGUGUAUUGAAAAAAUGUGUUUGUGUCUUAAAAUAAACGCUGUUGUUGACUAAA